AUGCCUCCUGAUCCAGAGAAAUCAAAACGACUCCAUGCUGAUAGCGAUACGUCUGGCGCUUACGGCUCAGUUGAUCCAAGUGUUACCGAAGACGACCAACGGGUCAUGCAACACGUCCUUACACGAAUCCACCGCUUCUUCCUUCAAAAGUAUUGUGGUAUAAUCGCAAUUCUUACAUCGGUUGUCAUGAUCAUGAUCAUGAUCUUCCUAUAUGCGGCUUGUCCAGACGCUACCGUCAAUGGCGUUCAAGACGCGAAGUAUUCCUUCUGCCGACGUGCUAUUGAAUCCUCUCGCUUCUUGGGUCGUCCUACACAGCCUUCUACUCAAAUAAUGGCUGUUCGGGGUAUGCGUUACACAUUCCCCUAUGUCGAUGAUUGGGGUCCUGCACUUGACGAUGCUUUGGGGCAUAUUGGCAGCAUGAGCCAAGUCGCCGAAUAUACGGAUUAUGACCUGUUUCCCACCCUUAGUCAAGUCAGGAGGCUAAAGCAUAUCAAUCUACACCUGGAUCAGAAAUUUCCACCUGUCCUCGCCCAAGCCCGUCUGGAUCUCCAGUCUCUUGUCUCCGAGACUAAGGAGAACCCCGUCAGUCGUGUCUGCUUUGACACGGAUUUAAUAGAACCAUGGUGGCAAUUCGGGAUCUCAUCAUGCAAAUCUCGUCUCGAACAGGACUUCAAAACCCUCCUGGAAAUUCUUCCAACUGCUCAAGAUUCUUCACUUAUAGAAUUCAGCAGAGAAGGACGCAAAAUCUUGAACAAAUUGAGCUCCGACUCCUGCACCAAGGCAGUCCAUUAUCAGCACCACCUACGACGGUAUGUUUCAAGAUUCUCACUCCAGGAGGGUAGAGGGGUAGAUUCACAUCUCACACAACUAAACCUUGUGUCUGAGACUAUGGAUUUUUUUUAG